UGAGGUAGUAAUUACCACUGGCAAUAUUCCCGCAUCGUCGUGAUUUUAUUACCAUCGCGAUGAGAAUAUAUUUACACAGUAGUCAAUAGCGAAUGGACCACUGAAAUGUACUCGCAUACACUGAUUAGUGAAUAAGUUGAUGAUCGUUCGCGUGCAUUUUUAUUUUUUUGCAUCCGUAAUAAUUUAGAAUUAAAAAAAUUUCGUGUAAAUUAAAAACAUCAUGUUACGAGCGUUAAUAUUUGUGUGUUGUUGUUUUGCAUUAAUUACAAACGGUCACUUCCAACUGAGUUGUCCUGAAAAGAACGGCAGAUACGCGACAAGUCAAUGUGACGCCUACAUAGAAUGUGUGAAUGGUGUAGCCGAACGCAAGCUGUGCCCGGAUGGUCUUCUUUUCAACGCUAAUGGGGCAUUAUUUGGCUACCCUUGCGGAUACCCGAUAGAUGUAGAUUGCGAAGGAAGAAGCGCCCUUCAGGAACCUCAAUCGACUGAAAAUUGUCCUCGUCAGUUCGGAUACUUCAGAAUGGGAGAUCAAACCCAUUGCGGACAAUUUGUAAAUUGCGCUAAUGGCGAAGGAUUUAUUUUCAAUUGCCCGGAAGGGUUAGCUUUCGACGAAAGAACUUAUAAAUGCGACUGGCCUGACCAAGUUCCCUCGUGCGAUGCCGAAAGUUAUCUAGGUUUCGCGUGCCCUUUGAACAGCAACAGUAUAUCAGAAAACGAUCUUCAACUGUACCCUCAUCCCUCGGACUGUCAAAGAUAUUUUGUAUGCCAAAAUGGCCGUCCAAGGUUACAAAGUUGCGGCAAAAAGCGAGCAUUUAAUGAUAUUUAUGGAGUAUGCGACGGAAUCGCCAACGUUACCAGAUGCGCCAAUUAUCGAUUCCCUGAUGAUGAGUAACCAUGGAAAAUUUUACAAUAUGAUAUUCAACCUAAGCAUCAUCAUUCAGGAAGAUAUUAAGUAAUCCAAUUUCAGGAACACCCAAGAACAUUUUUACUCAACUUGAAGAAGACAAAAAAUUGUAUCUAUGAAUAUAAAUCCCCCCUCCCUAAAAAAUUGAAAUGCUUGGUGGUUAUAAAAAAAUAAAAUACAGAUCUGAUCCAAUCUUCGUUUCAAAAAAAUAAUAAUAGGCUUACUUGAGUGUUUCUACUUUCUUUAAAAUGGUUAUACGUAAUUCAUGGUUUAUUUUUUGUAUUCGUUUUGUUGUUUUUUUUUUGGUUUUUUACUUUUUUUUAAAACAUAGUGCAAUGAAGGAGAAUAAAAGUUACAUUUUUAU